GACAAAGCACGAUGAGAACCGGAUACGUCGAUUGCUUUGGCCUGCUUCUCCGCUCCUAACCCGGAAGUUGUUUUUCCAAUCUCCAAAUUGCGUUGCCAGCCUUCGCAAAUAAACGUUUGCAGAAAAUGAAUGAAGUAGGCAACGGUGAGAUGUUGGGUGCCAUUUCAGUUCACAAUUUUUCGGAGAGAAUUUUGGAGCAGACCGUACAUUUUCACGUCAUGAAGCUCAGUGGCGGAUUUUUUCUUUGGGUUGGCUCGAGUCCACUUCUGUCCAACUUGGCGGUUUCAAUGAGCAGCAGAUACGAUUCGAUGCCAUUAUCGACAUUAGUGAUGGGGGAUCCUUCGGAUACUAUGCCAAAUUCCUUGGCACAGAGAUUAGCAAAGAAGACCAAAAAGCAAGUGUUUGUGAGUUACAGUCUCCCUGCGGCAGACUCCAGCCUCUCUCUGCUUGUGGAAAACCGAAUCAAAAAGGAGCUUGAGCUUCACCCAGAUAAAUUCUGAUCCUUUAGUGAACUUUUCUUGUUGCAAUGACAUCCACCACACACGGUCAUAGUCAUGUCCAUUUUUUUUUAUUGACACAAUAAAUUAAGUGAUUUUACUAUCAAAAUGUGUAGGCCUAUGGCUUUUGUACAAAUGCAUCAUUAAAAAAGAACACUUAGAAAACGGUAUAAGUGGCUGAGAUUUUUUUUUUCCAUUGAAAACUUACAAACUAGCAAGUCGUACAGGUGGGUUAAAAUAUAAGAGUAUAUGCUGAAGGAAGAUGGUGGACCCUAAAACUGUCACUAGUAGGACAAAAUGUUUGCUGUUACUAUGUAAUGCUUAAAUAUCUAACUGUACGGCAAAUGUUUCUCACAUUAUCAUUACAAGGUACAUUGAUACACCUGUUUGCAGUCCUAAGGAAUAUUUGUAUGAAUGAACACUAAUAACAGUGAGCCAAAAUUUAGGCAGACUGGUCUAUUCUAAUCACAAAAAUUGUGCUUUCUGGCUAGAGUUAUCAAAGGAGCUGGAUUACAUCAUUACCACAGUACAAAGAACACAGAUGUGGAGUGGGAUAUUUGCUAGAGAGAGAUCAUUCAGACAGUGUGAAAAAAAAAUUAAAUACUGCUUUUCCAAAACGCCAUUCAAAAUGUUGAGAUGCAUCAUAAGACAUAGAGAAGAUAAUUUCAAUGUCCGCUCAACUCUCAGGUUUAGGUUAGCAUUACCAGCAGUCUCUAACAGCUACACAUAACGUGUGCAUCAAGGUCUCCGGUUGUUCAUCAUUGCACACAACCAUCAUAUACCCUCACCAACAGCUGUAAUGCUUACUUUAAAAAAAUCAGUGUCUACAUUGUCACCCCCCCAAGGAGGAUAAAGUGCCACUGUGGACCACAAAUAACAAGAAAAAAACUUUGUGCCCAUUCAUGCAAAACAGUGGUAGUGGUUAAGCCAAUCCCUGUGUCUCCAGUUUGUUGGCUGAGGAACACAAACACUUAAUAAUAGUGUCCCCUGACUUUUAGUGCAAAAUAAAGAACCAGAGAAGGUAAAUUCUGUAGAAAUUGUAUGCUGAAGCUGAGUCCAAAGGCUGUGUGGAAAAGGUGGGAAUUUUUGGCAUGUGAGAAAUUGUUGGCCUGGGAUGAUUUCAGAAAUGUGGGGAAAAAUGUGAUUUUUUUUGGCCCAGAACAACCUUGGAAUUACAGGAAUGAGGAACCCUGAAUAGGCUGACGGUUUUGAUGUUGGAAUACUGUCGUGUGAAU